AUGGCUGCGCAAGUGGCAUCGGCUCCGACCAGAACUAAUAACAAGAAUAAGAAAUUAUCCAGCGGUCUGGGUCCGGAGCUCAAUUCGGGGAAAUCCGGAGGAGGUGGAGGAGGAGGGACCGUGCAGCGAAGUGGACCGAUGCUGGGAGCCGGAGAUGGGACUCUGAAUAAUGUAGACCAUCGCCGCCGCAACGAGCUCACCAUGGUCCAUUCAACUUCCACGACUCACAGCGCGCCGGACGGCCACGACAAGGAUGGGAAUAACCUCACGUCCGCGUCGGCGUCGACUAAUUCGAGCACUUCCUCGAUGGAAGCGGGUCUGAUCGCGAACCACAAGCUGAAAUGUGCUGGGAGCGGAGAUCCCCCCCAGUCCCAGCCGCUGCCUCAGCAGCAGCCGCCGCCGCAAUUUGGCCAAUUUGCGCCACAUCAGCAGCGACAGAUCCAAAGUAACAACACCGCCAAUAACAACGGCCAGGGGCCCCGUGGAGACCGUGGGGACCGGGGCAUGGACCACCAGCACCACGGGGGCAAAGAGAACCUGCUGGGGGGGCAGGGGGAGCCGCAGCAGCAGCAGCACAUGCCAGGUAAAGGUGAGGGGGAGCUCACCUGUAAACCCGCGGAGAGGAUGACGAGCACCAGGUACGACCACUCUAACUUAGGGCCAACUAGUAACAACUCCGAGUUCAACAACAACUAUUACACUCCACGGCCCUGCUACGAGCAACAUGGCGGACAGCAGCAGCAAAGCAGUGGGAUGGGGGUAACGCACUCCUCGGCACAUAACAGCAUGGAGAAUUCCCACGAAGCGGGGUUCCACAACAACCAGUACAACCAGUACCCGGGGUACCGGGCGAGCUACGGCGGCGGGGCCUACGGGAUGAUGGGCCCCUCUGGGUGCCGGCAGCCUGGGAACAUGAUGAUGGGCAGCAACUCCUCAGCAAGCCACGGCAAGUCUCCCCUGGGAGCGGGCUCGGGCUUCCAGAGGUUCCCGGGACAAACCCAGCAGCAGCAGCCGCAGCAGCAGCAGCAGCAGCAGCCGCAGCAGCAGCAGCAUCCCUCAGGGGCCACCCCGACCCUCAACCAGCUGCUCACGUCCCCCAGCCCCAUGAUGCGGGGUUACGGCGCUGCCUAUCAAGACUACAGUGGCCCCACGGCGCAGCAGCAGGGCGCUAUGGGCCUGGGGAAGGACGUGGGGCCCCAGUACGGACCCGCCUCGGCUCACGGCUGGGGAGGACAGCAGAGGAGCCACCCCCACUCCCUGAGCCCGGGGAGCGGAGGACAAGGCCUCGGCAGGACGCAGGUGUCCUCCAUGGACUUCAUGGCUAUGAAGCGAUCGCAGCUGUACGGCAUGGCCAACAAUCCUUACUCCACUCCACAGCAGCCCGGGGGCGGACCUUACCCCCCCAGCCAGCCGUACACGUCACCUCCUCCGCACCGAUAUCCGAUGGGCAUGCAGGGGAGGGGUCAGAUGAUGGGUGGCAUGCAGUACCCUCAACAGCAGCAGGUUGCGCCGUAUGGCCAGCAGGUGAUGGGGGGCUACGGGCAGCAGCAGCCAGGGCAGCAGCAGCAGGGAACCCCCCCAUACUUCAGCCCCCCUCAGCAGACCCCUUCUGGCCCAAACCAAAGCCCCUACCUGCAGCCUCGACCACCAACACAACAGGAGGCCCAGCAGGAGAGCUACAACACCCGGGGUCCUGCUCCAGGGAGUUCUGGGAAGGCCAACAAUGAGGAGGGUGUCUCCCAGGACCGCCCCUCCAGUCUGCCGGAUCUGUCCGGCUCGAUUGAUGACCUCCCCACGGGGACGGAGGCUGGUCUGGUCUCGACCGCCAGCGCCGGUGGGUCGUCCUCCAGAAGCAGCAGCAGCAGCCAGGGGGAGCAGGGAGGCGCCAGUAACCAGGGACAGUCCCCCUUCUCCCCGCACGCCUCCCCACAUCUCCCCAGCCAGAGGAGCGGCCCCUCUCCCUCCCCUGUCGGCUCGCCGGCGGGCUCCACUCAGUCCCAGCACUCUCGCUCUGGCUCUGGACCCAUCUCUCCUGCCAGCGGACCCUCUGCCAACAACGCCGCACCAGGUUCCAACGUGGCCCUGCAGAGCUCUGGAAACGGACCAGAUGGAGCCCGCCCACCAAUCGCCCGCUCACCUAUGGCUCAGGAGAGAGGAUUCAUGUCCAACAUGCAGAGGAACCAGGCCGGCUCCCAGUUUGCUUCUCCUCAGUCCGGACCCUCUAUGUCCCCACACUCUUCACCUGGGGGCCCAUUGUAUCCUGGAAUGGUUCCCUACUCCCAGAUCGGCCCCACAGUCCAUUACGGACCUCAAGGAUCCCAGUAUGGACAUCAAGGUAACUACCCCCGUCCCUCUAACUACAGCGGGACGGCCAGUGCCAGCUACAGCGGCCCCGGCCCCAACAGCCUGGGUAUGAAUGCUACCAGCCCUAUGCACGGCCAGGGUCCCGGCCAGCCCAUACCUGUGGGACGCAGCCACGGCCCGAGCAACCAGAAUAGGGUUUAUCCGCCAAUGGCUCCCAGCUCUCCCAGCAUGCCUCAGCAAGCUGGGCCAGGGAUGGGUCCUCCGUCUUUGGGUAGCUCUAACCGCAAGGUUCAGGAGACAGGAGCCGCUGUGGUGCUGGGAUCUGCCAACUCAACACACAACAGGCAAGGCAGCUAUCCAGGCCCCGGCAUCAGCCAGGCAAGCACUAUGGCCACCACCGUCCCCUACAGCCAGCCAGCAAGCAACAACAGCUCAGCUAUGGGAGCCUUGGCGAUGUCAGGAGACGGAAUGAUGAGCCCGGAUGGGAAACCCAAAGCGGACGUGAAAGAUGACACAGGUCCCGUCAACGAGCCUCACAAACCAAAGCUACAGGACGGCUACAGCAACAACAACAGCAGCAGCAGCAGCAGCUCCCAGCAGUGUGUGUCCCAGCCAGCGACACCAGGAGGCGCCUUGCCCGUGCCCUCCCCCCUCUCACCCAGCCCGGCCAGCUUGUCCUCCUACCACGGGGACGACAGCGACAGCAUCAGCAGCCCACCAUGGCCACUCAAGACCCCUUCUAGCCCCAAAGCCAACCCUACCGCCUCCUCCCUCAGUGGGCAGCGAAUCUCGCGCCUUUUUGAGCUGGGGGUGGAGCCAGAGAGGCGGGGCUGGGUGGAACGAUACCUGACCUUCAUGGAGGAGCGGGGCACGGCCGUCUCCCAGCUGCCCGCUGUGGGAAAGAAGCCUGUGGACCUGUGGAAGCUCUACUUGGCUGUCCGUGAGAUAGGAGGCCUCGCCAUGGUCAACAAGAACAAGAAGUGGCGUGAGCUGUCCACCACGCUGAACGUUGGCACGUCGAGCAGCUCUGCCAGCUCCCUCAAGAAGCAGUACAUCCAGUAUCUGUUCGCCUACGAGUGUAAGAUGGAGAGGGGAGAGGAGCCGCCGGCGGACAGCAGCAGCAGCAGCGGCAGCGGCAGCAGCAGCAUGGCUGGAGGAGAAAACAGGAAGCAGGUCAAGAUCCAGCCUCCGUCACCUGCAAACUCAGGCGGCUCCCUCCAAGGCCCACAGACCCCACAGUCGUCUGGCAGCAGUUCCACAGCAGAGGCAGCAGGGGACCUGAAACCCCCCACACCUGCGACCACCCCCCUGGGACAGGUCACACCGCUGCCCCCCAACAGGAGUAGUGUGAGCGUACAGGACCCCUUCUCGGAGGUGAGCGACCCGGCCUUCGUAAAGCGUGCUGCCUCCCUGCCCCCCUCAGCUCCCUACCAGCAGGGCCUCAGCAUGCCUGACAUGAUGAUGAGGAUGCAGUACGACGCCAAGGACCCCUUUGCCGGGAUGAGGAAGAUGGCUGGAGCUGAUCCCUACAUACCAGGUCAGAUGCCUGGUGGUGGUCUGCAGGACAUGUAUGGCCGACCCCCAUCAUCUCUGAGCAUGAGCCAAAGAUCACAGUAUCCGUACGGGCCAGGCUACGACAGGAGACACGACGGCUACGGUCAGCAGUAUCCCAGCAUGCCAUAUGGGAUGCAUCCAUCUGGGAUGUACCCACAACAGCAGGGCUACAAACGGCCCAUGGACGGUAUGUACGGCCCCCCACCCAAGAGACAUGAGAGCGACAUGUAUGCCAUGCAGUAUGGUAACCAGCAGCCGGACAUGUACAACCACUACACUGGUGGAUACUCAGGCCCUGAACACAGAGGCUUACAGGGACAGUUCCCCUACCCUUACAGCCGCGACCGUAUAGGCCCCUCAGGACAGAGCCAGCACAGUUUGAUGGGCGGGGGGCCCACUCCUAACCACGCUGCUGAUGGGCCCAACAUGUGGCCAUCCAGGACAGACAUGGGCUAUACCUACCCCAACCGACAGGGGCCGCCCUCUCAAAUGCCCCCGUACGGCUCCAUUGGUAGGGAUGACAUGGACGGGCGGCCUGGGCAGGAGCAGUGGCACCGUCAGUCUCCCUACUUGUCGUCAGCAGGUGGCAUGCCGCCCCUGUCACGCCAGCCAUCGUCUUAUUCCAACUCCCCAACCAUGGUCAACCACCUAUCCAGAGCACCCAGCCCAGGGGCCUUCCAGCGCUCCCUGGACUCUCGGAUGUCACCCAGCAAAAUGCAGUUCAUGUCGCCCAUGAAGAUGCCUAAGCCUGGGAUGGCCAUGAUGGGCUCACAGGGCGGUGGAUCCAUGGGUCAGUUUCCUCCCAACCUGAGGAGAGACCUCAACUACCCACCAGGAUCAGUGGAGGCCUCCAUGCCCAUCCUCAAGCCACGUCGCAAGCUCACCUCCAAGGAGACUGGAACGCCUGAGGCCUGGCGCAUAAUGAUGUCUCUGAAGUCUGGGCUGCUGGCAGAGAGCACAUGGGCUCUAGACACCAUCAACAUCCUGCUGUAUGACGACAGCACCGUGGCCUCCUUCAACCUCUCUCAGUUGCCUGGAUUCCUCGAGCUCAUCGUGGAGCACUUCCGCCGCUGCCUGAUCGAAAUCUUUGGGAUCCUGGAAGAGUUUGAGGUUGGAACCGUAGCUCAUAAAAACUUUUUGGAUACUUCUCCAACCGUUGCUGCAGAGCCGGAGUCUUCUGUCGUGAACGGUGAAAAAGAGGAGUGUGAGGCGAGCAGAAAGAAGGAGGACAAGAACAAGGAAGACAGAGAGAAAGAGGGAAAAGAAAAAGAAGAGGAUGAAAAAGGAGCAGAGACUAAAAAGGAGUCUACGGAGCAGCCUGUCACUGAGCUACAACCUAAACCUCAACAAGCCAGCAAAUACGAUAAGCUCCCCAUCAAGGUCGUCCACAAAGAGGACCUGAUUGAAGACAUGACAGAGCGCUUAGGUUACAUCACUGAGUUCACCAGUGGACUGCUCCACUGGCAGGCCGGUGGCGGCGACUCCACCGCACACAUUCAGACACACUUUGAACCCCGGCUUGGUCCACCGGCCAGAGCGGAUGAGAAAACAAGAAAAGAGGACAAGCAGGAACAACAGAUGGAGGACGGGAAGAAAGAACCACUCAACCGUAUCACCGCUACCAUUGAUGAUGUUUUGUGCGCUCGUGUUGACGCCCUCUCUUACGCCCACCCUGCACGCUCCUUGCCAUCCUACCCCUUCCGGGUGCACCCGGACGGGGAGCAGGACCACAUCACCCUGCUUGAGGAUGAGCCGCGCUGCCUGGACGAGGCUCCGCUCUCCACAAUGUCCUCCUGGCAGGACUCGCUGUCCAAGCGGUGCCUCUGCGUCUCCAACAUCGUCAGGAGCCUGUCCUUCAUCCCUGGCAACGACUUGGACAUGUCCCGCCACCCUGCACUGGUUCUUCUCCUGGGGAGGCUGCUCCUGCUGCAACACCAGCACCCGGAGAGGAUGAGGUCGCCCCCUAGCUACCAGAGAGACGAACAGCGCGAGCAGGGGCUGUCGAGAAGUAAAGAAGAGUGGUGGUGGGAGUGUCUGAGUCAGCUCAGGGAGAACGCCAUGGUCACACUGGCCAACAUCUCUGGACAGCUGGACCUCUCGACCUACUCAGACACCAUCUGCCUCCCCAUCCUGGACGGCCUCCUCCACUGGAUGGUGUGCCCCUCCGCUGAAGCCCAGGACCCCUUCCCGUCAGCAGCGCCCCACUCCCUGCUCACCCCUCAAAGGUUGGUGCUGGAGUGCCUCUGCAAGCUGAGUAUCCAGGAUGGCAAUGUGGACCUCCUGCUAGCUACACCGCCCUUCAGCCGACAGGAGAAACUGUUCACUGUCCUUCUCCGUUUCGUGGGACAAAGGAAGGCGCAGGUGUACAGGGAAAUGGCGAUGGCCGUCCUCUCCCACCUGGCACAAGGAGACCCCUCAGCAGCACGUGCCAUAGCCAUGCAGAAGGGCAGUGUGGGUAAUUUGGUUGGUUUCUUGGAGGACGGUGUUAGCAUGGCGCAGUACCAGCAGAACCCUCACAGCUUACUGCACAUGGGGCAUUCCCCUUUGGACCCGCCGAGCAUAAACAUGAUGUGCAGAGCAGCCAAAGGCCUCUUGGCCAUGGCUAAAGUGGACGAGAACAAAACGGAGUUUGCGCUGUACGAGAGCCGAUUAUUAGACAUCUCCAUUUCCUCUGUGCUCAGCGCUGGAGUGGUGAACAUUAUUUGCCAAGUUCUCUUUCACUUGGGGAAAUUAUGACAGGAGGAGAGGCAGGACUCGUGUGGCAGACCCUGACAGUGUACGAGAUAUUUCUGUGGUUUUCUAUUUUUAUUUAUCGAAAAGACAGAAAAUGUUUGUUUUUGUUUUUUUAAAGGAGUAUCCACAUAAACAAAAUAUAUAUGUAAAGUGUCUGGGCCCUGUUAAAAAAGUGGGUUCAGGAUUUGAAAGCUCAGUUUAAUAAAAAUAUUUAAUACCUGCUGGUGUCGGAUUGCUACGUUAAAUUGUUUUGUUUGUUUGGCAUAUUUGUUUCUGUUUGUUUACUUUUUCAGCCAAAGCUGCCACCAGAUGUUGGUGCUGAAUUACAUGGUUCCUUUUGAGUCGAUGAGUCAUCGAGAUGUUUUUCAGUUUUAUAAAUGCUAAUAUACUCAUCAACAUUUUGUUAAUGGAGAGUAUUUAUUUAAAAUGUGACACUGUACAGUAGUUUGAGCCUUUUUGCCAACAGUUGUGGGGAAGAGAAAUGCUGACUUUUUAAAAUGAAAUGUAUAUGUCUCCAUCGCUGGAAGAUAAAAUUGUGCAAUAGGACUCGAGCAAGUUGUCCGUUCUGAGAACCAGAAGAAAAUGUUAAACUGCAGUGUGUGCUUUAGGCCAUGAGGAGGCAGCAUUGCACCAGCCAAUCAACAUGAGAGCAGAGCGUCUGUCAGAGGAAGAAGUGUCUAAUUUAUCAAUCAUAGCCUCAACAACUUCCACAGAAGAACUUUGUGUUUCCUAAGCACUUGUGUCAUGUCUGUAUUUUUUCAUCAUUGUGUAUAUAAACCGUUGUACAAUGGACGCACAUGAUUCUUUCAGUCUCUAUCAAGCAUAGCAACAGAUGGGACUUUCUGACUAAUAUAACAAAUGCUUUUAUUGUUGGUAAAAUUUGUUAUUGUUAUUAUACAUAUUUUGUUAAUGGGGUCAAAUAUUUGAACAUGGCAGAUGUAACUGAUGUUUCAAUGUAAAAAAAAUCCUGUAUGCAUUGUAUUAUAGCUGAGAAAACAAUCGCUUUGGUAAUCAAACGUGGCAGUGCCAGGGUGAGAGGAUCUCUAGGAGAGGUUACAUAAGCAACCUGAACACGUUUCUGUUUGUUACUGUCCUCCAUUCAUGUCAAUGGGCAUAUUUUUUUCAAUCUAGAUAAACGCUCUAAAAGAAAAGUCUGAAAAGACCAUUCAAAAUGUCCUGAAAAAUCAUUGUAAAAAAACAACUUGCCUUUCUUUCGUAUGACUCCAUGUCUCUCUUUUAUUCAGUAUACACAUUUAUACUCUGUGCUGCACAUGUCACAAAAUAAAUGUACGAUGAACAUCGUUAAA